AUGCAAGUUGUUAUAAUUAUCCUUAGUGCAACUCGUCAUCCGCAUUCUGACACGGAGCGCGUGCUGGCGCUGUUCGUGACCAUCUCAGGAUGUCUGACGAUGAUAGGAUCGGCGGUGGCGUCACUGUCACUAGCCAUCGGCAUCUACAUGCGACCCGAGGAGGCCUUUAGAGCACGGUAUCGACUCAUCAUGAGAGACAUGAAAGAGUCCAAUGUGCCUCGCAACCUGAGCAAGACAGUGCUGACGUUCUACAAGAUGUAUUGGCACAAGAUGCGCGCGGUGUCCAGCACGCAGCUCCUGCCCGCCUUCCCUCCCUGGUUGCCCACCAUCGUGUACACCGAUAUCUACUUUAAAGCUACGCAAAAGAGUCGCAUCCUUUGCGACCUGUCGUACAGCUUCUUAUGCGAGGUAGCCAAGACUAUGCAAACACUGCACUACAUCCCCGGGGACGUCAUCAUCAAGCGUUCCAGCAGAAAGUCUUCCAUCAUCUAUAUCACGUAUGGAGACGUAGAGGUGUUGACUGCUGAGGACGACAGCACGGCGGUACUACGGCUGUCGCGCGGCUCGGUGCUGUCGGCGUGCGCGGGGUGCGUGCCGGCGGGUUGCGGCAAGGCGCACGUGGAGGUGCGAGCCGCCACCUUCUGCACGGCCCACCUGCUUCAUGCACGCGACCUUUGGCGCAUCGCGCUCAAGUACGGCAAGGACAACGGGCAGGCAGCUAUCAUACUCGCCUCGUUUUAUGAACAUUUCGAAAAAGUCAAAAGGCAUUAUUAUCUUAAAACUCCUGAACAAGCCAUGUACAAGAGCAGCAUCCGCGAGUUCAAGCGCAACCUGAUGAGGCUGCAGGAGAGCCGGGACGCGGCGGGCGGGCUGCUGCUGGCACGCACCGACAUCAUGCUCGAUAUCGCUGGCUGCUACAUCAUGAGAAAUAGAGCUGAUGCGUCGCUGACGGACGAGUCUGACGACAUCUGCUUGCGCGCAGUUUUCCCCUGCAUCCUUCAGCCGCGCUCCGUGCUUCUUACCCUUUGGAACUCAUUCAUCUGCUGCGUCAUUGUCGCCGUCUGCUUUACACAUCCGUACUACAUUGCCUACAAGGGGACGGUGCCUAUACAGUUUAGGUUCUACGAUUAUGUGGUGACCUGUAUUUACUUAUUGGAUCUUUUCGUCUACCUCUCCACGGGGGAAAAGGUUGAAGACGGUAUGCCGAUAACGCUGGCGCAGACGGCGUCCCAGCAGAUCCGCAGCCACUGGUUCGUGCUGGACGCGUUGGCCACCAUGCCCCUCUUCGAGUUCAUACACGACGGACACUUCGCCGGCAUCAACAAACUUCUUAGAUUACCGAAAGUGUUCCGCAUGCUAAAGUCUCUGGAGGACGAGUGGGUAUACUACAGUAACUUCCUGCGCUUCUUCUCUUACUCACUGCUGAUGGUCAUGUCGUGUUACUUCGUCGCCGCCAUGCAGCAAUGCUUUAUGUGCUUCUGUUUCGGUCACUGCUCAGUGACGAACUUGACGCAUCCGCCGUUUUGGGCACACGUACCCCCCGACGACGCCUCCAUCAACAACACCCUCACCUUCGGACUGUACUGGGCCAUCUCCAUGAUCACCGUCACUUGCCACAAGGAGACGGGUGCGAUGUCUAACUGGAACAAUGUACUGUACGCGAUGUUAGUGCUGGAGCUGUGCAUUAUCCUGCACAUCUUCAUGGACGCAGUCUACUCCGCUACCAUCAUGGUCGCCACUGCGCUGAAAGAAGACUACGACGCGAGCAUCACAGACGUGACAAACUUCUUAAUCAGGAAUGACGUGGAGCCCAUCCUGAGACAGCGCUUCGUUACAUAUUUGCAGCUCGGCUGGUACACCGAUAAGGGAUAUCGGAUGACCAAUAAGAAGAGUUCGAUAUACUUCGACCUACCGCCGCAUGUAUACCAGGAUAUUGUUAACAGACAGCGUAGUAAAUACAUCCUUUGUAUACCCUUUAUGAAGUAUCUGAGUAAGGAAGAUCUGAAAACGGUGUCGAGCCAGGCCAACAUGUUUUACACGUCUCCGAAUGAGAUCCUUUUGAACACCGGCGACAUCAGUAAUGAGAUAUAUGUCAUUAAGCAGGGAAUAUGCGAGAUAAUUGAUCCCGACACCAAAGAGGUGUUAAGUGAACUGAGACCGAGAAAUAAUUUCGGUGUGCUGGAGUGUAUUCUACGUAUUCCAGCAUACUACACGGUGCGCGCAGCGACGCAUGUGCAGAUGUUUUCGAUAUCGCGCAAGUACCUCCUGAAGGCAAUCGAGAUACCACAGAUCAAGGACGCCAUCGAUUUUGCUAAGGAACAACCCGAGUACUAUAACCUGCAGACGCGGCGGCGCCCCUUCGUGUCAUACAUGCCUCCUGCGCCCAUCCCCAACGUCGAACGAUUCCGUCUGCCCCGGAAGCAUGAGCAUGACUACGCUUUCCUGCAGCCAUUUAGGAAACUCGGCUUUCUGUCUGUAUUGAGAUAUAUAUUCCCACGAUUCACGAUCCGUCCAGACGGCGAAUAUUUGAUGCGAGCGGAGUGGUACCGCGGCUGUUGCGCCGUGUUGUCCGCGCUGGUCAUCCCCGGCUUUCCCUACCUCGAAUCUGAUUUUAUCUACUUCGUCUUCCUUCUGCUCGACUUCUGCGCAUAUAUCGACAUAUUACAACGUAUGUUGGUCGGGUACUACAACGAGAAGGGUAUUUUGGUGUACCACCCCGCUAGCACCGCAGACCACUACAUCAGGGGUGCCUUCCUUAUUGACCUUUUCGGCUGUCUACCGCUCGAGAUGCUCGAGACAUUCCUCAAGGAACUAUACAGGGACAGGUACCGUGUGGCGGUGUCGUGGCAGUACCUGAUGCUGAAUCGGUUGCUGCAGCUGUACCGGCUGCCGGCCGCCGUGCAGGGCCUCGACCGUUACAUACGUCGCGACAUCGUGCUUGUUAUAAAAGCGACGCCACUGUUCCUGAUGCUUUUGAACGUAAUGACAUGCUGUCUGGUGUUCCACUCGGUGGACAUCUACACUUGGCACAACCAGUCGGGCCUGCUGAUAGAACCUCGCAAAGACCGCGGCGUCCGCUUCAAUAUAACGGACGACAUUUGGGACCUGCAUCUGGCAAGUUUCUUCUGGGUGACGUUUGAGGCGACCACCACAGGAUACAACAUCAUCAACCCUAGCAACUUCGAUAUCAUGAAGAUUAUGUUCACCGGCAUGCUCGUUGGAGCAAUGCUGACGACAUAUUUCUGCGUACGCAUCAUCAGCAUACGUUCCAACGUAAAUAAACCACUAGCUGCUUUCCAGCAGCACAUGAAGGAUAUGGCGGCCUUCAUGCACAGAGAGAACCUCAGUCCUGACUUGCAAAAAGAUGUGCGUGCUUACUACGCCUACAACUGGGACAAGAUGGGUGGCUUGGACUGCAGGACUGUAUUGAAGCUUUGCGAUCAGAUUACUCUGCGAACAGACGCCAUAUUGGAUAUCUAUGGUUCCACAUUUGCUAUGUGUCCAAUACUCGGUCAGUGUGAUAAAUCUCUGCUGCGCAUCAUUGGACGCGCAGUACACAGUGUGCACUUCCUCAAACACACGGUCAUUGUGGAGAGAGAUGAUGUCAUGAAGGACAUAUGCUUCGUGGAUUCGGGCAGUGUUGAGCUGAUUGGAGGCGAACAAGACGCACCAUCCUCUGUUUUGCUCACAAAGGGCAGUAUGUUCGGAGACCUGGACGGCGAGCUGUCAAUUCGCUCUUCAGUGUCGCUGGUGACGCUGAGCAAAGUGCACCUCUUGCAGAUCAAUGCCAAUACCUUCUACAACAUCGUGAGUGACUUUCCUGACGUCGUGCAACUUAUGAAGUCCUAUCGACAGCACAAUGAGAAAUACAUCAAAGGAAACAUGGACAAGGAGUCCGUAAAAGUAACAAAAGACGGUGCAAAAGACAAAAGACUUAGUUUCUCAAUCUUGCAUCAACGAAUAGGCAGAGGUUUCCUGAAGUACAUUCGUGUGAGAAAUGUUUACAUUCAAUCAUACCUCAUCAUGGUAUCUUUACUCAGUGUAGUUGGUGACACGUAUAAUGCUGGAUUCCAAGACAACAGUAUGUUGCUGAUUUUCGUGUUGUACGCACUUGAUAUGGCCUUUUGUUUGAAAUUUCUAAUCCUGUACAUAAUGCCUUUUAUUACGAAAGACGACGAUUUGGUUGAUAGCGUUUUUAGACCUAAAGUGCACAGAUAUUCAAAGCUGGAGACAAAGUUCGACGUAGCAUCUUGCCUGCCGACGGAGCUGCUCUGCUUCUUGAGCCCCGAAAACCGAGGACUAUUGUUCUCUUUUCUACGACUCAACAGGAUCUUUAGAGUUGUGACCCUCUACAAGGGCAUAUAUCGACACCACGAGCGUCUGGGCGUCAAUAUGACGCUGAUGACGGUAUACACGGUGUCCGUAUGGUUCUCUCUCUUCGUCCACAUCACCUCUUGCUGCUGGUACUUCAUUGGAUAUCUGGAGGAUAGGGCCAAGCCCAAGUCCUCCUGGAUUUAUAAAAAUGACGGCAGUACGUGGUGCGGCAACCAUUACCUGUGCUCGAUGUAUUUCGUGCUGAUGACAUUUGCACAGAAUGGAGUCGGUGAUAUAUUACCAAAGAACAGAAGCGAGGUAACAGAUGUGGUGUUUGUGAUAAUUCUUCAAAUAGUAUCAGCCAUGGUGUUUCUGAUUUAUGUCGGCGAGUUCUCAAACAUUUUUCAACAUCAAUCUUUUCGUUCUUUUGAAUUUUUCUGCAAAUAUUUAGAGCUACAGGAGUACCUGAAGAACAACCGCGUGUCAAAGAACCUAGUAAAACUGGUUAAUAAGUAUUGCCUCCACGUGUGGCGGGAGUCACGAGGCGUGCAGGUGCCGCACUUCCUGAGGACUGCGCCACAGUGCCUGCGACUGCGGCUCAUGUCUGCUGCCUUCAUUGACCACUUGACCAAUAGCGCAGUGUUUCGAAACUGUGAGCCAGCAUUUCUCAGACAGCUUGUUGGUUGCUUACAACUUUACACUUACAACGAAGGUAUGUUCGUGGUGAGACAACAUGAGAUAACGGAUUCCAUGUAUUUCAUUCACACGGGUCGAGUAUCGGAAAGCAGUGAAGAGGGCAGUACAACUAAAGUUUACUAUCACGGAAACUGUUUUGGCGUGAUGCAAGGUUUGACACAUGAUCUACAAUACAGCCAUUCGUAUCUUACUAUUACCAAAUGUCAAAUUCUCACAUUGAAUUUGAAUAAUUGGGAAGGUUUACUAAAACAUUUUCCAGAAAGCAACGACUCGAUAUUUUCACCAUCAAGUUUUGUUGAUGGUCCUCCUGGUAAAAAAGAUAAAAAAAUGUCAAAGGACAAGAGCGACCGCAAGGUUCAUAUCGUCAAUACAAACGACCAACCGCCAUCAGAUAAUACGGCAACCUCAACAGAACCAAUGAACAAAUUUACAGAGCCAGGGCCGUCCAUUGCAUCUCAGGGCGUGUCACCUGCGAGAGUACCACAAACAGAUGAAAAAUAUAUAGAAUCGAAACCAACCUAUUCCAAAAAAUCUGAAAAUGAAACUUAUACCGACAUCACCGAAUCUGAACAAGAUGUUAGGUCACUGAAAGUGUCAAGUCAAAUACAGAUGAGAAGUGCAUCUGAGGAGAGACGUGUGUCGCCCUUGAUGCAAGAUGAGCUCAAAGAAAUAACGAUCGGCAGGAAUGUCCGGCCAACGGAAUCUGUAACAACAUUACAAAGUAAAGCAUCAGAUGUUUUUGACGUUGGUGGUGAAUUUAGCAGUGAGUCUAUACAAGAUGUUGAUAGCUUGCUUCAUGUAGAAGACCAGCGUAUAACCGCUGAAUUGAUAGCUAAGUUUAAAAAAUCUAGUAAGCCAUCAAUCUCAGAAGUAACAAAGAGUGAUGAGAUUGCAAUGUCUACUGAGUCUGGUUUAAUUAUUUCCAAGUUAGAUAUGAAAAAUGUUGAUGAUUAUAUACUUGAACGUCAGGAAGAGGAGGGUGAGCCACUGCAGGCUUCACAACAGGAAGAUAUAUCACCGAUUGCACAACACGACAAAUUGCAAUCGUUCAUGACAUCGCAGCAAGGUACGUCGGCCGAAACGCAAUCUACUUCACGGGCCAACAGACACUUCUUUCACGUUCAUUAUAAAGAUGAUGAUGAAGAAAAAGAUAAUAAAACGGAUGAAAAGCACAGCAAACAGGAUGGCUUAGGUGAGUCUUUAAGAAAAGACUCACUAAAUGGUAUUAAAAUCAAAGAGGAAUUGGAUACUCAAGACGACGAUGCAGAAUCUGAGAAUAUUAUUAAUACAAUCAAGACAGAAGAAAACAUCGAGGGAGAAGAAAACAAAGAAAUGGCAUAUAAGGAAGAACAGGAAAAGGAAGUAAAAAAGGAAGAGGAAGAAGAAAAGGAAGAAAAAGAAAGAAUAGAAGGACAAGAAAAGAAAGAGAGAAAAAACUCUAUAGAUUCAAUAGACUAA